UUGCUACAAAUAUAUAUAUCUAUAUAUUUUAAUUUAGAUGAGAUGAGGAGAGAACGAGAGUUUUACAAAAGCCGAAAUAUCCCAUGUCCCAAGGAUAUGCCACAGAAUCAUGAAGACGACGAAAAAAUGUUAGAAGCACACGCAGAAUCUGAUUUCCAUCGUCUCGACGAGCAGGUGAAUGUGAGCCUUGAAUGUAUGAGCAACAACUUUAAAAAUUUGCAGCGGCGUUUCAUUCGCUGUAGCUCCCAAGCAACCAUAACGCACUUAAAAAAAUUAGUUGCCAAGAAAAUCUUGAAUGGUAUAGACAAGUAUCGAGAG